AUGGACGCGGCGACCCCGGAUCCUGCCGCACUUAUACGCAGACGAAGCACACUGUCGAGUUCUACAUACUCCACUGCCUCGAGCUCGUCGCCAGAUGCAACCAACGAUGUAGUCAUUACGCCUGACAGCGAGGACGAUGCGGAAACGCCUGUAGUCCCGAAGAUUGAAGAGCGUGACGAGGAUGGACCGGACGAAGUGCAGGAUGCUAAGCCUUCAACAGUCGUGGAUGCCAACGGCGUGCCGGUUCCGCGAAAGCGUGGUCGACCACGAAAGCAUCCGUUAGUUGAACAGAAGAAAGCGUCACAUAUUCGAUCGAAGACAGGGUGUGGUACAUGCCGCAGACGUAAGAAGAAGUGCGAUGAGACGAAACCAUCAUGUACAAAUUGUGAGAAGAAUAAUGUGGUCUGUGAUGGUUAUGAACCCAGGCAACAUUGGCGUAGCGGGAAGUCCAAGUCACUCACGAUACGAAGCGGCAUACCUACGGAGUUACCAAUGCUGGUCGAAGGCGUUGAUGGUACGAUCGAUCAAAUGUUCUUUCAUUAUUUCACGGCACAACUUGGCAAAGUCCUGUCGCUCACGGAUCAUCAUAAUCCAUGGCUGGAGAUUAUCGUUCCAAUGGCGAUGGGUCAUGCAGGUCUAAUGCACAGCGUGCUCUACCUCUCAGGCAGCUGCCUAAUAGCGAACGAGCCAUCGCCAAAGACGGAAUGGGAGGAGCGACAGGAGCAUCACAGCAGUAGAGCAAUGCGACUACUGCAGGACGAUCUGACACAGACGACUGAGCCCGAAGGCAAGGGCAUGGCCAACAUCGGCGAUCCAUCGAUUGCACAGACAUUGGUCCUCUGCUUACAGACUGUUUGUGCGGGCGACCUUAAUGGCACGUAUCGAUUCCACCUCAAUGCGAUGAAGGAAAUGUUGACGUUUCGUGCGUCGACUUUUCCAAACGAACAGCUACGACAGUUUAUUCUUGAAUUUCUGCUAUACCACGAUUAUAGCAGUGCGAUCACGAGUCAGAACAAUCCGCUAGAUCAGCGCAGUAUCGAUCUAAUGGAGGGUUUCAAGCUGCCGGAAUUUAUGAUUCAGCCACAGGCGGGCACGCUACUUGGUGUGAUGGAUGGUUUGUUUGGCUUCAUCAGUCGCAUCAGAAAACUGCGAGACCAGGUGCGUGUACGAAGAGCACGAGGAACAGGCCACUGGUGGGACGUGGAUAUCAUCGACGACGCGUUUGCGAUCGACGAUGCUCUACGAAGCUGGCAGUGUGUGCAUACGCCUGAUAGUGCAAGACAGUGCACCUGGAUAUAUCUACAACGGACGAUUCAACCUUCGCAGCCGAGUGCCAUGUUCAAGCACGCCGUGGACCAAGGUCUUGAGUACCUUCGCGCAUUACCACAAACGGCCGACGGCUCAACGCAAUCGAUCCUCCUCAUGCCACUCUUCCUCCUCGGCUGCGCAGCCUUCGAGCCCGCACAACGACCCGAGAUCAGCGAAGCGUUUCAACGACUGCAGAACUGGUCGAGUUUGGGAAAUAUACGGUAUGCGAGGCAGAUUGUGGAGGAGGUCUGGCAGAUGAUGGAUGAAGGUCGGGAGGCCGAGACUUGGGAUUGGGAGACGAUUAUUGCUAAGCAUGGGUGGGACUUUCUCAUUACUUAA